AAACCUACCGCUACCGUCAAAUUUGCCUUGCGCUUAAUCGUGCGAAGUCCAUUAAAACCACUCGAUGAAAAAGAUAAAACAAAUAAAUAUUAGAAAAUCUUUAUCUGUUUUAUUUAACUUUCUGGAAAGAGGAAGCUGUGAUACUACUAAAAAAGUUCAUGAAGGAAUUGCUUAACUACAAAGAAAUGCACGAAAUAUAAAAUGAUACGAAUACAAGUCUAAUGUUUCCUAACAAAGUGCCAAAAGCUACAGUAAAUGCUUCAGCAACAAAUACAAAAUGUGUUGACUCCAGAAAAAACAAUAACAUUAGUAUGAAGAUAAACAGGCUAGUUUUUUAUUUGUUAAUAUUCAAUGGAUUGCGCGGUCGGUUGAAGACGACUCAUGAAUUAGUUACUAUGUUUCCUUACAAUACUAAAUCUAGCUUCAAUACUGACAGAUUAACUAAACUAUUGAAUCGGCAAUCAAUGAAGCGAAGUAAUAGGUCAAGUCUGAGGAUGUUGACACUUUAUUUCAUAUACCUAGGAACGUAUUGUUACCCAAAUGUUUCUUUUGAAACACAACUGUGUGAGGUACCCAACGAACAGUAUAUAAUGUUUUUAAAUGCAUUCGAUAUGUGGAAAUCACGAAGACUUCAUUUAUUAGAUGAGUCAAAAGCUUACAUACAAAAGCUAAACAAAACUCAUCAACGUUUUUUAAUUGCUAGAUCAAUAAUGUCUGUCUUUGAUAUAAUGGAAUCCAUUGGACAGUUGCUUAUAGGUCCAGGUUACAAGUUUGGAUGCAGUUUGUGCAAUGUAGCUUUAACUGUUGCUGAAACAAUGUUAGAUAAAAAGUUUUUAAUUGAUAUGGUUGCCAACAUCAAUGAUGAACGUGCAUUGUUUAAUUGCCUUGUUCAGAAAUUGCCGCAGAGUCUUAAAUGUAAGAUUGAGAAUGAAAUUUCCCACCAAUCUGUAGAAGAAGAAGUGAUCUCUCAACUUCAAGAAUACUCUUUAGAGCUUAGUGAUGAUGUGGUGUGUUUUGUACUGUUUUCAUUAAUCACCGGUAUGACUUUUAAUUUACCAAGAAACAAAAUAACAAAAAGUGUUUUGAAAGCUUCUCUACAAAAUGCUGUUGCAAGUUUCUUAACGAAAAGACUUAUAUCUCAGGAAUACCCUCUAGAUCUGGACGCACACAAAAUUGUGAGAAAAAAGAAAUUUGAUGUUCCACAACAUUUUCUUUCUCAAGCACCGGUACUUGUCAGAAUAAUUUUCAAUGUUUUGAACAUUUAUGAAUCUUCCUUUCAUCUAUAUCAGGAAGAAGAUUCGCCAUACUCGAUUCCGUUGAUUCAUUUCAAAAAUGUAAUGGACCAACAAUCAGAAGUCAUUGCUUCAAUUGAGGAAGUGAAACCAUCAGAUUUCAGCAUUUAGUAUUUGCUUUAUAAAAUUUUACAUCAACUGCCUACAGUUGAGCAAUGUAGAGUAGUCCAUCGUCUGCUAUUUUUACAAAACCAUUUUUUUUACUGCUCUAGAGAAUCUAAUAUGUUUCUAUAUCUAAACCCAGUUUUCCAUUGUUGUCGGUACGUAUUUAUGGUUCGCAAAAUCACAUGGUGGGCAUUUCCAUCAUCUAUUUCGAUAUUAUUUGGUUGAUAUGAACUUGAGACUAAUAAAAAUCGUAAAGGUAUCUUUUUUGUGAACUAUUUUUUUAACCCAAAUUUAAAAGUAAUAUUUUUUUCCUAUCUUACUCUGCUAUUGGUACCUUUUUAAUUUUGAUUGUUCUCAAAGAGUUUGAAGUUAAAAGAGUUGUUUCCUAAUUAUAAAGUAAUUCUAUGAUAUAACCUUAUCAUCACUCUUAUUAUUAUUGCCGUUAAUGAGAUUCGACACUUGAGAACUUACGGACAGCUUCAUGCAUAGUGUAAUACAUGUACGACUUAUAUUUAAUGUACGAGGAAGAAGGGCGCAAAUGUAAACAAACGGAAUUUUUUAUCUUGCAUUUAUUUUAAUGAAUAAUUUCAACUUUCGUAGAUAAAUCUGUUUCAUGCUAUACGACACAACAUAAUUGCAAAGCAAUCGUCGAGGUUGGUGAGUGGCUGCGAGCAGAGAGGUUAGCCUCCUAAGUUAUUAUAUUCUUCCUAGUUAUUAUUCUAAAACUUCCUUAAGCAAUACUGAUCAAAAACAGCUGCUAUACUUAUUAUUUAUUUAUUUUAUUUAUUUAAUUUUCAUUUAUUUCAAUUUUUAUUUAUAUCAAUUUUCAUUUAUUUUAAUUUUUAUUUAUUUCAAUUUUUACUUAUUUUAAUUUUUAUUUAUU